AUGGAGAGGAAGAACCCGUCCAGAGAGGGCUCUCGAAGGCUGUCAGCCAAACCAAGCAAGGGCUCGGAGAUGAAAAAGGCGUCUCGUCAGCUCGGCCUGGCAGCUGCUGAGUCAGAUAAGGACUCUGGAUUUUCAGAUGGGAGCUCAGAAUGCCUGAGCUCGGCCGAGCAGAUGGAGUCCGAGGACAUGCUGAGCGCCUUAGGCUGGAGCCGAGAGGACAGGCCAAGGCCAAGUUCCAAGCCUGCGAGUGGAGCCUUCCCGACUCUGUCCCCCAUGGUGGUCAUGAAGAACGUGCUGGUCAAACAGGGCAGCAGCUCCUCCCAGCUCCAGUCGUGGACUGUCCAGCCCUCCUUUGAAGUGAUCUCGGCCCAGCCACAGCUCUUAUUCCUUCAUCCGCCAGUCCCGUCUCCUGUCAGCCCGUGUCACGCCGGUGAGAAAAAGUCUGACUCCAGGAACUACUUGCCCAUUCUCAAUUCUUACACCAAAAUAGCCCCUCACCCUGGCAAAAGGGGCCCUUCCCGCAGCCCAGAAGAACGAGGAGAAGGUGGCAUGCAGAAGAAGGUCUGUACUGAGAGACUGGGGCCCGGCCUGUCCGCUCACGAGCCAACCAAGACCAGUGCUGGCCCACCCCAGCCCCCAACCCCCUCGCCCCCCAGCGCCAAGCUUGCCGAGGACUCGGCUCUGCAGGGCGUGCCCUCCCUGGUGGCGGGUGGCAGUCCACAGACUCUCCAGCCGGUGUCCAGCAGCCACGUGGCUAAAGCUCCCAGCCUGACCUUUGCCUCCCCCGCCAGCCCCGUCUGUGCUUCCGACAGUACCCUGCACGGGGUGGAGAGCAGCUCCCCGCUGUCCCCGCCGGCGGCCAGUUACAGCUCCGCUCUGUGGGCCGCCGAGCACUUCUGCCGCAGCCCAGAUAGCUUCCCAGAGCAGCGGCAGAGCAAGCACAGGCGCUUUCAGAAUACCCUGGUAGUCCUGCACAAAUCCGGUUUGCUGGAGAUCACUUUGAAAACCAAGGAGUUGAUUCGUCAGAACCAGGCAACUCAGGUGGAACUUGACCAGCUCAAGGAGCAGACCCGGCUGUUCAUAGAGGCCACUAAGAGCAGGGCUCCUCAGGCCUGGGCCAGGCUGCAGGCAUCUUUAACGUCAGGGUCAGGUCAUACCGGCAGUAACCUGGAAGCAUUCUCUGAGCAGCCAGACAUAUAA